AUGGCCCCGCUGAUCGAGGUGCCUGGCGAGGCAAAUCCAUUGACGCAUCGUAAUGUUGUUGAUGCGUUGGUUCUGGCCGCCAGCUCAACGCAGCAGCAAGUCAUAACUGGAACCAAACAGCUCGAGAAUUGGGAGCGGCAGGGACUGUACCAUGCCAUGCUUCAGGACGUCUUUCUUGACCAUUCCCUUCCGACUGAAGUCCGAUACCUCGCUAUUAUCCGACUGAAGCAUGGCAUCGAUCGAUAUUGGCGCAAGACGGCCACCAAUGCAAUUUCCAAGGAUGAGAAGGCGCAGAUAAAAACCAGAGCCCUGGAGGCUGGCGUAGAGGAGCCCGCCCGUCCGCUUGCUCUCCAGAAUGCGUUGAUGGUUGCCAAGAUCUUACGCUAUGAAUUUCCUCAUGACUGGCCCGACGCGAUUACCUCGGUUAUCACCUUCCUUCGGUCGUCGCUCCAACCUGGUGCCAACCCGCUGCAGCUCCCCCGAACCCUCCUCAUCCUUUUACAAAUCAUUAAAGAGCUGUCAACUGCCCGGAUCCAGAGAACUCGCGUUCACCUGCAAUCUGUCUCCCCGGAGGUAUUCCAGGUAUUGGGUAGCAUCUAUGUGGACAAGGUCAGUCAGUGGGUCGGUAUCUUGGAACAGGGUGGCUCGGACGAAACAGGCUUGGUCGAACUUGUUGAACAGAGCCUGGUAUCACUCAAGGUGCUCCGGCGCCUGAUUAUUGCUGGAUUCGAACACCCGGGCCGCGAUCUGGACGUGCAGAACUUCUGGGAGUUGACCAACACGCACUUUAGUCGAUUUCUCUCGCUCCUGGAUGGGUCAGUUCAGCUGCCCGAGCUGGUCCACACAGCUAUCGAGAAGCACAUUUUGCAAUUAUCCAAGCUGCAUGUUGAGAUGGCGAAGAUGCACCCCGCAUCCUUCGCACUAUUCGACAACAGUAUCACCUUGGUCAACUCAUACUGGUCAUUGGUUGUUAAGCUGAGCGAAAACUACGUCAGCCUCGGUGCGGAUAUUGAGACGGAAGGAAAGUCCCUAUUCGAAAAGGCUGGCCUCCGAGCCUUGCUCCUUAUUAGAGCAUGCGCCCGAAUGGCUUUCAAUCCGGUGCAAACAUUCAAAUAUCAGACUCCGCAAGACAAGGAGGAACGCAAGCGGGCUGUUGAGCGGAUCAAGACGCAGCUGUUUACCGAGGACUUUGUGAUCAACGUCAUGGAGCUGCUUGUUACACAGUUCUUCAGGUUCCGGAACAUUGAUUUCCAGGAGUGGGAGGAAGACCCGGAAUCAUGGGAGAAGAAGGAGGAGCAGAGCACUGAGGCUUGGGAGUUCUCUAUUCGCUCGUGCUCCGAAAAACUCUUCCUUGAUCUUGUCAUCCAUUUCAAGGACCUACUUAUUCCGCGUCUGCUGAACGUGUUCUAUUCUUUUGCAACUACGGAGAACCGCAAUGUGGUACUAAAGGAUUCCUUGUAUUCUGCCAUCGGGCUCGCGGCAGCUAGUCUUGAACAGCACUUGGACUUCAACAGUUUCCUCGAAAAAACCAUGGUCCCCGAGGUCCAAAUUCAGGACCAUGAAUAUAGGCUCUUGAGAAGACGAAUUGCCGUUGUUCUUGGCCAAUGGAUACCGGUGAAACCAGGCCAGCUGAACCGGGAUGCGGUCUAUCAAAUCUUCCAGCACCUGCUCAACAAAGCCGACCCGCUGAAUGACCUUGUUGUACGAAUCACCGCAGGACGCCAACUCCGCAAUGUUCUUGACCCCUGGGAGUUCACGCCGGAGGGGUUCAUGCCUUAUGCACAGUCGAUCCUUGGAAGCCUCAUGUCUCUUGUCCAGGAGGUUGAAGUAGCGGAAACAAAAAUGGGAUUGUUGGAGACUGUGCGCGUGGCCGUUGUCAAGAUGGAGAACCAUAUUGGUGCCUUCUCCGACCAAAUUCUUUCGUUGCUGCCACCGCUGUGGGAGGAGUCCGGAGAAGAACAUCUCAUGAAGCAGGCAAUUCUUACCCUUCUAUCGUCCUUGAUCCAUUCAUUGAAGCAAGAGUCUGCGCGCUACCAUGCGCUCAUUCUUCCCUUGAUCCAGAGCUCCGUUCACCCCGAGUCUGAUACCAUCGUCUACCUCUUGGACGAGGCUUUGGAACUCUGGACCGCUAUCAUAAUGCAAACCCCCAGCCCUGCAUCACCUGAAAUCCUCUCUCUACUCCCCUCCGUACUUCCAAUUCUAGAACAAGGAACCGAUGCCGCGCCCCAAGGCCUCCAAAUCAUCGAGUCCUAUAUUCUGCUGGCUCCACAGGCAGUGCUUAGUGACGAGAUCCGACUCCCACUUCUGGCCGCCUUGGAAACUCUUCUCCCAUUCACAACAAAACAGCGCACAGGCGUUGUCCCCCGCCUAGUCGACAUGAUGAUCCGUGGCGCGGAAGCUGUUGAUGGGGGAAGCGAGUCUAGCUACAGCGCCAUCUCGCAAUCUCUUCUUGACAGCUCACUCCUCCAUUCUCUCCUCGAGGGCCUUUACACUGCUCACGAAUCCAGUCAGACUACCGGCCCCAACCGGAAGACUUCAUACGUUGUUGGCGUUGUUGAGACAGACUAUUACUCUGUUCUUGCACGACUCGCUCUCGCAAAUCCCACCAUCUUCGCAUCAGCUGUCGCUGCUGCGACAAACUCAAGUCAGGAGCAAACCCUUACCUGGCUUCUUACUGAAUGGUUCCUCCACUACGACAACAUCGGCAGCGUCAACCAGAAGAAGCUGCAUGCUCUCGCCCUGACCCAGCUCCUAGCCCUGCCGGGUCACUCAUCCGAUCCAUCCCAGCCCGCACCACCGCCCGCUUACAUUCUCAAUCACAUACAGUCAUACCUCACCAUCUGGACGGAUAUCAUCAUUGAGCUCGCCGAAGGCGGCUCCGACCAAAAUGCCGAUUACCUGGUCUGCUGGAACGCACCCGCUGGCUCCGCGACGGCCCCACCCGAGGCGGAGGAGAAUGAGGACCCCGAGACUCGCCGCCGCCGCGAAUGGGACAAUGCAGAUGCAAUCCAUCGCUUCCCGAUCCGUGCCUUCGUCCGCCACCGUCUGCAUGAGGUGAUUGUGGCCUGUGGUGGUGCUCAGCGGUUCCAGGAGGAAUGGCUGGUGAGUGUCGAUAGCGAGGUGGUGUCGGCAUUCGGUGCGCUCGGUUUGAUCUAA